AUGGACGCUACCGCCCAUCUUCCCGAGCUGGAAGAUGGUCUUUAUUGCACUGAGGUGAUGCACCUGCGUGCUGGCAAGUCAGAACUUCUAUAUGAUCGCGAGCUGUUGAAGAAGGCUCACGGUUUGGGCAUCAUGGCCACCUUGCCGUCUGUCGCAGAAGCUAAACGUGUCACUUCGAGUGCGUCAGAUUCAACCGAGUCUACCUCACGAGAGCAGACAUUUUCCACCAUUUCAGAAGCGUCAACAACAUAUCUCACGCCUCACUCGUCUAUAUAUGGUGGGGUUAGUCCAAAGCUCUCAUCCUUCGACAGCAACAUCAACAGACCUCAUUGCAAGGCUUUGAACUUUGCCUCGUAUGAAAAGUACAUUUCCCAAAUCGACACCGUUCACGAAGAACCAAAGUUCCGGAAGCCAAGUCUUGUGAUCGAAAGCUCUGGACAGAGCAUAUUCAGCGUUACCACGCGGAAGAGCAUAUCAGGUGUAACCACAGGAUUCCGAAACAGAAUGAGACUCAGAAAGAAGCCAACUCGCUUAUUUGACACUCCAGUGGACCUGGUGAUUCAGGCCAUCAACCAUGAGACGCGCAUGCCUCCAAGCUGCUGCGCCCAGCCAGUGCCAGCUGAUGCCCUGAAGCAGUCUCUUGAUCUUGAUGUUCAGGAAUCGUUUUUGAAGGCAGUUCAUCAAUAUAGCACGCCAUCCGAGUCGAGGAUCUUUUGCUGCAGCACGUUAUGUGGGGAGUUUAUACCACCCUUGAAAAGACUAGACCCCAAGUUGCCUUCUGCAGUUACUUGUCUGAAGUGCCAGACAAAAGUUUGCUCUACAUGUAAGCAGCCCGCGCAUUCCAUUGGUACUCACUGUCCCGAAGACUGGGAACUCUUGGAUGCACUCAAGAUUGGGGGACGAAGCAGCUGGCGCCGGUGCUAUAGAUGUCGCAAGUUGGUAGAGCUUUCGGAUAGUACUGGCCCGACGACAUGCGCCUGCAGCGCACAAUUCUGUCACUCUUGUGGAGGUGUCUGGGAUAGCGCAGUCGGCUGUCCCAAUGUUUGCAAUGGGGAAGAAGGAUUGGCUAAAAGGCGAAAGGAGGAAGCGGAGCGAGUAGCGCGGGCAAAGGCGGAACGAGAAGCCGAACGACAGGAGUGCGAACGACGAUCGGCAUCACACCCCAGCAUGAUAGCAUUGAGGUCAUCCCAAGAGCAAGAGAAGCAGCGGUUUCUGGACUUCAGAUGCUCUGCUGAGAGCUCUCUGAAAGCAAGGCAUGCUGCGGAGGAGAUUGCACUAAUGAACCAGCAAGCCGAGGAAGAGGGACAGCUGUCUCAGAAGCAUUCAAAGGAAACCACCCAACUUGACGAUCGUCAAAUUGCGGAAGAGCUAGAACUUCGACAAUCACUAGAGCAAGCAGAGAAAAGCAUUCGAGUACGAAUAAAGCAUAUGGAAGCCUACUGCGAUGGUUUAGGGCAAAAUCCAAACGGAUCAGCCCUGCCACCACGGGUUGUUACCGAGCAAAACCUUCGAGAUUUGGGGAUCCAGUAUAACUUGCGCGACGACAUGGAAAGACAACAUCAGUCCAAGAUCAACAUGAUGCGAGAUCGCCAGGGGAAAAGAAUGGAGGAGCUCCUCGAGAAGCAUGAAGCAGAUCUCCAGGUUCAAGCUGAAGAGCAGCGAAAGGCAAGGGACGAGUUGGUCAACAAACACAAGGAAGAAGUAGGACAAUUUCACAGCAUCUUCGACGGGCGUCAAUCUCGAAGUACGGCAAGGUGGACCUUGGCAAUCGAGGUACUGUGCAAAGAGCUGCAGGAGCAAGACGGCUUGAAAUACGCCGUGGUUGAUGCACCAUGCUGGCCGGAAAACGCUUUGCCAACGGUGGUUGAGUCCUAA